UUGUUUAACGUUUACACAUAGAAGAAAACGUCUUUGUAACCCGAACUAACACCACUCACUUCAGUGCAGUCUCAAUCUCACACCGCGCGAUUAACAUGACUCCGUUUCUUCUCUAACCGUCAACGAAGCCGUUACAAUCGUUGCUCUUCUUCACGCCGUGAAAACUCGCAAACCCUAAGAGGAUUUGCGUUGCAGAGAGGCUCAUGCGAUUCCGAAGCGAUUGUUAGUCAGAUCUGUUUCGGCGUCGAAAUCGGUUAACGGCGGAGAUGGAGGGGAACUCCGGCGGUGGCGGUGGUGGUGGUGGUGGCGGUGGCGGGAACGACGUGGAGUUGCUCUGCAAAACGCUGCAGGUGGAGCACAAGCUGUUUUACUUCGAUCUGAAGGAGAACCCUCGCGGUCGUUACCUUAAGAUUUCUGAGAAGACUUCUGCUACGAGGUCCACCAUCAUCGUUCCCUUCUCUGGCAUUUCCUGGUUCCUCGAUCUCUUCAAUUACUACGUUAAUUCCGACGAUCAAGACCUCUUCAGCAAGGAAUUGCAACUCGACACUAAGGUUUUCUAUUUCGACAUUGGGGAGAAUCGGAGGGGGCGUUUCUUAAAGGUGUCUGAAGCUUCUGUCAGCAGAAAUCGUAGCACUAUAAUUGUUCCUGCUGGAAGCUCCAGGGAUGAAGGGUGGGCAGCAUUCAGGAACAUUUUGGCAGAGAUCAACGAAGCCUCAAGGCUUUUCAUUCUACCCAAUCAGCAAAAUUCUGAAUCCUCAGAGCGAAUUGUUGGACUCUCGGAUGAUGUUGGUGCUGGCUUCAUAUCUGGUCAUAGUAGUCAACCUGCCACCUCUUCUGAGUUGAAUGUGGACAGAUCUGUUGAUUUGCCUGCUCAGGAUGAAAUUGGGAACUUGGGGGUCUCUAAAGUGAUUAGGGCUGAUCAGAAAAGAUUCUUCUUUGAUCUCGGGAGCAAUAAUAGGGGUCAUUUCUUAAGAAUAUCUGAGGUUGCAGGUUCUGAUCGAUCCUCCAUCAUUCUUCCCCUGUCAGGGCUCAAGCAGUUUCAUGAAAUUGUUGGUCACUUUGUGGAAAUCACCAAGGACCGAAUUGAGGGAAUGACCGUUGCAAAUGUCCGCACAGUUGAUCCCCCUCAAAGAUGAAUGCUAACUUGUGGUAUUCUGGACAAUAAGUAGCCCCUCUCUGCCAAGGUUUCCAUAGGGAUAUGAAUGGGUGUUGUCUUUGGUCUGAUUUGUGCUAUUUUAUUUUAUUUUAUUUUUCCUCAGCCUUCUCCUCCUUCUCAUAUUGUUCUUCCAUUAAUGCUUUUGAAAUAAUGCAAACUAUGGUUGAUCAGCAGAAUAAUUGGAAUUGCUUGGCAAGGUUAAUAUGAAUAGGAAAUAAUGGAAGAAAAAAGGAUCGGAGUCCUGUACUUGUUUGGAUAGUUUGGCACCCAAGCUACAUUUUGUAAUAAUGCUUGUUUGAUUGUUUAUUUUGCUUUCCUGCACAGAUUUCACAUGGAUUCAAGUUCUCUCAUACAUGCUGAGCUCUCAACGACGCAUGCGUUACCAUAUUUUAGGUUUGGUGAUUUAGUUAUUUUCUUAGUAUAGUUUUCAUCUUGCAUGAACUUAGCUUUCGUAAUGAUCUUUGUUUUAUCGUCAUUGUAUCCUUUUCGUGUUUAUUAAACACGCACCUCGGAAGGAGUAAAAUGAAGGGAAUGCCUCUGGGAGUGAAAUUAGGUGUAGUUGCAUGAAUGAUCUAGUUCUUGAAAAUAAAGAACAUUGGAAAAUCUGAUUGUACUAGAAAUUCUAGAAUUGUCUUCGAAUUUGUACCCAGCAAAAGCUAAUUUUGGCCUUUGCGUCAUGUAAUUUACAAUUUUUAUUUCGUUCGUUUAACGACAUCUAAAGAGAAAAAGAAAGAUUUUAGAUUUUAUUUUGUCAUUCUUAUUUUUUUCCUUCAAAAGCUUUAUUUGAUGAAAAAUUAUCCAUUUGCAUGUCAUACGGUUGAAUAAUCUGUACCAAAAAUAGAACUUUUUUUCAUUAAAAGCAUGAAUUGGCUAAACCUAAUAUUUGUUGCAAAACAUUUAAUCAUGCCAGGCCGAACAUUAUUGCAUUUUCUUUGAGUAAAAAAUCUUAAAAUUAAUUGUCAAAAUUAGUUGGUUCCUGAUAAAUAUGAUUCACUUCCCAUUAGUCUGCAGGAGAUUUUAAUAUCAUCCAAUAGUCCUGGGAUACUCUCUGGUUCAAGUGAACUUAAUCAGAAACAUAGAUGAUUUGUGCCCUCUAGUUAGACUUUAAUUGAGUAAAUAAAUUUUAAAUUUUGUCAAAGAGCUGUAAUGUUUUUUAAUAUAACAAAAAAAUAUUAUUUAUUUUAAAUUAACUCAUCUGGAUAUCCCAUCCUACGUCGAAGCAGCCUCAACAUCCAAGCUCGUUUCCAACAAAUGCAACUAAUGGAAUUGGGCCAGCUUUUCAAUGGGCCACUGUUAGGAUUAACACGGCUUUUGCGGGGAUUUCUUUUUACAGAAUUUUAAUUUCAUCGACCAAAAAAAAUUUAAUUUCAGAAAUUCGUUUAAAAAUCUUGACAAAAAAAUAUAUUUCAAAAAGUUAAUUUCAGAAGUCAUUUAUAAUUUUCCUUUUAAGAAUUAGAUUAUUGGAAUGUGUUCAAAUACUUUUUAAAAAUUAAAUUCCAAGAAAUAAUUUAUAAAUCACUUUUAAAAUUUAAUUUUCGUAAUAAAAAAAAUUAAAUAAUGGCGAGAGUACAAAUAGAAAAAAGAAUUUGGAUCCGAAUCUGCUCCUAUUCACGCACGAACAGGACGGUCCAGUUUAACAUUUGCUUAAGCGAUUCUGACCAGCUUAAGCGGUAUCUAAAAUUUUCUACAAAUGCAGGAGGGUCUGGACUGGGUUUUGCAAAUGGAAGAGAUGGUUGAGAUUAGUGGAGGUGGGGUUGGGGAAAAACAAGAAAUGGAGUUGAGAUUUGAGAAGGAUGGAGGCGAAGUUGAGAUGUAGAAGAGCCUCACUAAAAUCUAAGAGGGAGGGGAGACUGUGAUUUGAAAGUGAGAGGGAACAGGAGUGGAAAAGAGGAGGAGAGCUGAGAUCUUAGAGAGAAAGGGGAAGGAGAAAUGUGAGGGUGAAGGUGGGAAGGAAAGGGAGGGACUGAGGGUGAUAGGAGAGAAUAAAUAGCAAUUGUGAGAGAAUAAAUAGGAGAGAUUAGCGCAGAGUGAUUUUGUGUUAGUUACUCUACAGUUAUAUAUAAGGAGAAUAAUAGGUUUCUUUAGGAGAGACUUAGAUAACAAUUCACAAUUUUUUAUACUUCCAUUCUGAAUAAUAGAAUUUUGGAAUCCUUUUUUCGUCUCAGGAUUCCCUAUUUCUCUAUAGUUCAUCGAGUUCUUGUAAUUCCUUGAAUUAUCAUAUUAAUUGGUAUCAGCUUUGACCUUCCUAGCACUCAACAUCCAUGGCAGCAGGGACAUGGAGUCACACGGAGAUGGAGGAGCGCUUGGAGAACAAAAUCAUCGCACGCAUGGAAGCAAAGUUGAUGGAAAUCGCAGGAUCCAUGCAAAAGACCUUGGAAGAUUUGUUAUGACAGAACAUCAACGACUCUUUAAAGAAACUACCUGAGACCAAAUGCACUUCGCAUAACAAUAGUACCUAAGACAAACAAGCGAAAGGGAAUCAACCAAUCUACUCGUGUGGCACCUACUUGGCAAGGAUCGACUUUCCAAGAUUCAACGGUGAGAACGUCAAUCAAUGGAUCUAUCAAUGCGAAACCUACCAUACUUCUAUCCACGCCACCCCUUAUGAAAUAGUCUACGGGUAGCCACCACCAGCCUACUUACCUUAUCUUGGUGAUUUGAAGAUUGAGCUAGUUGACAGAAGUUUAACCAAGCGCGAGGAGAUGUUAAAGCUGCUGAAAUUUCACCUCCGAAGAGCUCAAGAUCGAAUGAAGCAGUUGGCCGAUAAACAUCGCAGUGAUCGACAGUUUCAGUUAGGAGAUUUUGUUUACGUUAAGCUUCAUCCCUGUCGUCAAGUUUCUGUUUCUCAUUGGGUUAAUGCUAAAUUGGCACCUAAGUUUUAUGGCCCCUUCAAGGUGCUGGAUCGCAUAGGUGUUGUGGCUUACAGACUUCAACUUCCUGCUGAGUCUUGCAUUCAUAAUGUUUUUCAUGUUUCUCAAUUACGCAAACAUAUCGACACUGUGGUUAUUACUACAGUUCUUCCUGCCAGUACUAAUGCAAGCCUUGCUUCCCGUGAACCAGAAUCUAUCUUGGAUAGAAUGACUGUCAAGCGAGGCAACUAGGUUGUUACUAAAGUUCUGUUAAAAUGGAAACAUCAACUUCCGGAGGAUGCCACAUGAGAGUUUUACUACAAUCUUUUGUAGCGAUUUCCUUCCUUUUAUCCUUGAGGACAAUGAUGUUCUUCAACGGUGGGUAAUGAUAGGAGAGAAUAAAUAGCGAUCGUGAGAAAAUAAAUAGGGAUUGGAUUGAAGAAUAAAUAGGAGAGAUUAGCAGGGAGUGAUUUCUAUUAGUUACUCUGUAGCUAUAUAUAGGGAGAAUAAUAGGUUUUUUAGGAGAGACUUACAUAACAAUUCACAAUUUUUUGUGUUCUGAAUAAUAGAAUUCCUUGAAUUAUCGUAUCAGAAGGAAAAUUUCAAAGGGAGAGUGAAGGUGGGGAUGAGGGUGGACGGAGGUGAGGAGCUGAGAGGGAGGAGGCUGAGUAGUGAUGGAGGGGAUUGAGAAGGAGUGAAGGAAAAGAGAUCUGAGGGAACGUGAAAGGGGCUGAAGCUUCACACUUAAGCAAAUAGUCACC